AAAUUGAGGCAUUGGUCAAAAACAAGAAGGAUGCAUGGGACAGGUAGAAGCAGCUGUGAUCAAGUGCAUCCCUGGAGGAGUUUCUGGAACUAAGGACUAUACUGAAAAAUGAGAUCUGAAGGACAAAAAGGGGUCAGGAGAUAGCUCUGGUGACAAUCCCAAAAUAUUUCUUAAAUACAUAACGGGGAAAAGGAUAAUUAGAGAGAGAGUGGGACCUCUCAGGAAUCAAAGUGGUCAUCUCUGUGUGGAGCCACAGGAGAUGGGCAAAGUCCUCAAUGAGUAUUUCUCCUCCGUAUUUACUGAGGAGAAAAACAGUAGGAUGGAGGAACUUGGGGCAGUGUCUUGAGAGCAGUCAGUGUUAUCAUCGAAGAAGUACUGAAGAUAAAUCAAUCAUCAAGUCACACAACAUAGACAACAUUAAGUACAUGUGUAAAUUCUGAAACUGAUCUCCAAAUCAACAUUGUUACUUCAAUGAACCAUACAAGAUGAUGGCCAUAGAUUAACAUAUGGAAGACAAAAGUCAAAAUACAAAAUACAGCACCGCCAAAAAUCAUGAUCCAUGACAAGACCGUGGUCAAUGUGUAUCACUUUCCAUAUCUUUGAGAUACCUCUCAGGAAAGGCAGCCAUCAAUAACAAAAUUGACGCCGCUUGCACAGUCUUUGACCAUCUGCAGUAUAGGGUGUUCAAACAGCAUGAGGCUUAACCCAACAUCCAGGUCAUGUUUGCAAAAUCUUCAAGACCAAUAAAGUAGGUUAGGUGUGUCAAUAUUAGCACACCCUCCCAGACCAAAAUUUUCAGCUUCAAGGAUGCCAUAUACGAGUCUUCCGCGGAUGAGCACGUCACGGUUUUGGAAGUGGCAUAUGGAUGCAAUGCUCUUAAAGACACCAAUGUAGGAUUCUACUAUUUCGCCCUCUUGUUGGCUGCGGGGAAAAACAUGUGGUGCUCCAUGAUAAAGUUGGUGCAAAGUUGGCACUGGUCUCUGAACUUUCGGAAGAGGCAGGCCGGGUCUCUGAUGGAUUAUGCUGGGGUCACAACAUGUGUUACCGGAUCGGUAUGUUCUGAGGCGUAGUUGAAAUCCUGUGCCCGUAGGGCAGCCUCUGUGCCCACCACAUCGAGGAGAAUCACCGCAACGGUGUGGGGUGCAGCUGCAGGGUGGGCAGCAUCAAUGAGAAUCCCGAAUUCCACCUUGAAGAUGUGCCACCGUUCAGCAAGCACACUGUCGAACACCAAAGGAUCUGGUCUGCGUAAGGAACUAUCCAUUAUUCGAUGUAAAAAAAAAAAAAACUAUAAUAAAUUCAGCAAAAUAGUUGGAGAUGUGAUUCAAGACUGACACCAUGUUUAUUGGCGGCUCAAUAAUAAAACACAUUCAUGAUAAAGUCCAACUUUAUUUCCUCAAGUACACUGGGGCAUUUCAACAGCCAGCUGCUUGCGUCUGACUUUCUAACUAGUGCCAGAGCGAGAGAGAGAGAGAGAGAGAUAGAGACAGAGAGUCUUUGUGUAGUACCGUAAUACCAUGUAAAGGGUGGCAUGCAUAUUUGUGUGGUGAAAGUUAUAAAUGGCAUGAAUUAAUAAGGGUUAAUCUACAGGGAAUACUGCUCAAACAUCUCUUGAUAGGACAAACCUCUCAUCCUAGGGAUUAGUCUGAUGAAUCACAUUUGGACUGGACUGUCUCCAAAGCUUUUAUAUUAUUUUUAUGUAAGAGAACCAAAACUGUGUAUAGUGUUCCAGGUGUGGCCUCACCAACACCCUAUAACAAAAACACCCUUUUCUUAAACUCCAAUCCCUUUGCCACAAAGACUAAACUGCCAUUUGCCUUCUUGACUAUUAGUUCGAUCAGCCUGUUUACUAUGAACCACUCAUUUGCAGAAACUUCCCCUCAAUAAACACCAUUUUCCAAGUUUCUGUGCACUCAUGGUUCAAACACAUGGAGAAUCCAAAGGGAAAGUUUGUGGACAGUACAACUCACAUUAAGUCUCACGUUUUCUAUUUUACUAUGUGAAGAGCCCGCUAGCCCGCAUGCGCGUCACAGGAAGGGGGAAAUCCAAAAGUAAAACAAACACGCCUGUGGACUCAGACGAAUCGGGCUGGGAAGACUCGCCUCCUACUGCAGAUAGCGCCCUAGGGCGUUUAUCCCAAAUGGAGCGGUUAAUGGAGAAAAUGCUCCGACAAGACAUACUCCAGCAGUUGGAGUCAUGUCAGCGUGGGUCUCCUUGGAUGCCCACAGCAGCGCCUGGUGCAGGGCUGCACAAUGUCUCCCUCUCUGCGGAGGGGAGCAUACGGAGUCAGUACGCGGCUGGCUCUGAAUUCGGGGGAAUGGCUGAAGAAGCCUCAAGUGCGCUUGGGGUGCAUGAAGCUCUGGAUCUACCUGCCAUGGUCUCCAAAUUUGCGAUACCUUCGCAAACAGGGGAGCCGUUACAGGAGCAGCUGGCUGCGAGUAUUAAUUACCUUACCUCUCACCAGCUGCAGGAACAGGUGAUCACUGAAACAGCUGCCAAAUACAUGGCACCUGCAAAUUGCGCUUCACUGAAUGUUCCAGCUGUCAACAAUUCAAUUUGGGGAUACAUUGGAGGGGGCAUUAGGGCCCAAGAAAUUAAAAUUCAGAAGAAUCUCAAAUUGCUGACUUCGGGUAUACUGGCGUUUACCAGGUCUGUAGAUGAUGGGCCAUUAUCAGAUGAGCAGCAGGAUGUGCUAGCACUCAUGUGCAAUGCUCACUUUGAGAUCAAUUGUUUCAGGAAAGGUGCCAUCCGUCCUGCCCUAAACCCAAAGUUUGCAGGGUUGUGUAAAGCCAGCAACAUCCAGCCGCCAAACUUCCUCUUCGGGGAGAACCUACCAAAACAGGUCAAGGACCUUGAUGAAAAGGCAAAGGCUGUCGGGCUGAUUAAGGCGCCGUCAACCAGCAAGACCUCUCAAUUUCGGGCGGCAGCACCCCUAUGCAUCCACCAGCAAAAAACGGUAUCCUGCCACUGGUGA